GACGCCAGGUCAUCUUAAGGUUAUCCUCUCUCUCUCCCCCUCGGGGGCUUCGUGGAAACCCCCAAUUUUGGUCUUCGGUAGUUCGCGAUCGAUCUCUUCCUCCAUCGACCGAUCGAUCACAAGGAGAAGGGGAAAGGCGAAUUUCUUCCUUCCCUAGCUUUUCGAUUUCGAUCGCUUCAAUCCUUGCGAAUCCCUAGCGAGCGGAGAAGGUUUCUGCCGAUUGCGAGCUCAUUCGAGGGUUUCUUUCUGGUGAAUUUGAAGGUAUGGAAGCCGGAACGGGUGGGGUUUCCGGGAGUUUCUGAGUUGAUAAUGGUCGGAUCGCGAGCGCAGUGGCUCGAUUGCAUGGGUGAAGAAUGCGGGAGCUGCGGAGCGGGGUGCGUCGAGGGGGCCGUGCUCCACCGCCGCCGCCGGUAGAUCGUACGUUGCGGAACACGAGGGCGCGGGCUGCCUCGAAGAAGCCGGAGGUUGUAGCGGUUGCGGCUGGGGGUAGCCGGCGGGUGAGGACCAGGGCCGCGGAGGCGCGGGCGGCCGUUGCCGCUAAGGGGAGGCAGAGGGCGAGGUCGGCCAAGGGGAAGUUGGUUUUGAUCGAGGAGGGGGAGGGGAAGAAGUCCGAUCAAUUGAAGGAGGUGGUGGUGGUGGAAGAAGAAGAAGAAGAAGAAGAAGAAGAAGAAGAAGAAGAAGAAGAAGAAGAAGAAGAAGAGGAGGAGGAGGAGAAAGGAAAGGGGCGCACAAAGCAACCGGAGGAAAUAAGAGGGAAGGAAACGAUGGGUGACGAUAGUGGUGGAUUGAGCGCCAACAGGGUUGUGGGACAGGAAGAGGAGGGGAACACUACACCAUUCCCUGAAAAGGUGCAGAUCGGUAAUUCUCCAGUAUAUAAGGUUGAUAGAAAGCUGGGCAAGGGUGGGUUUGGACAGGUUUUUGUUGGCCGUCGAGUCUCUGGUGGCAUUGAAAGAACAACAGGUCCUAGUGCAUUGGAGGUUGCCAUCAAAUUUGAGCACAGAAGCAGCAAAGGUUGUAAUUAUGGUCCUCCUUAUGAAUGGCAGGUUUACAGUGCUCUUGGGGGCAGUUAUGGGGUGCCAAGGGUGCACUAUAAAGGUCGACAAGGUGACUACUAUGUGAUGGUAAUGGACAUGCUAGGUCCCAGUUUAUGGGAUGCUUGGAAUACUUCUGGUCAAGCGAUGUCAACAGAAAUGGUAGCUUGUAUUGCUGUUGAGUCCAUAUCAAUCCUUGAAAACAUGCAUUCAAAAGGAUAUGUCCAUGGAGAUGUAAAGCCUGAGAACUUUUUGCUUGGUCAGCCGGCAACACCUCAAGAAAAAAAAUUAUUUCUUGUUGACCUCGGAUUAGCCACAAGAUGGAAAGAUGCUUGCAACAGUAAUCAUGUUGAAUAUGACCAACGCCCAGAUGUGUUCAGAGGAACUGUUCGAUAUGCCAGUGUUCAUGCACAUCUUGGAAGAACUGCAAGCAGAAGGGAUGAUCUGGAGUCUCUUGCAUAUACACUAAUUUUUCUUCAUCGAGGCAGAUUACCCUGGCAGGGCUACCAGGGUGAUAAUAAAUCAUUCCUAGUUUGCAAGAAAAAGAUGUCAACAUCUCCGGAGAUGAUGUGUUGCUUGUGUCCUCCACCAUUUAAGCAGUUUCUUGAGAUCGUGGUCAACAUGAAGUUUGAUGAGGAACCUAACUACUCGAAACUAAUUUCUCUGUUCGAUGGAUUAAUUGGACCAAAUCCAGCAGUUAGGCCAAUUAACACUGAUGGUGCUCAAAAGGUUGGUCAAAAACGUGGCAGAUUGACUAUUGAUGAAGAAGAAGAAAGUCAACAAAGGAAGAAGAUUCGCUUAGGAGUGCCUGCCACCCAGUGGAUUUCUGUGUAUAAUGCUAGGCUUCCUAUGAAACAAAGGUACCACUACAAUGUGGCUGAUGCACGCUUGGCACAGCAUGUAGAGAGAGGAAAUGAGGAUGGUCUGCUUAUUAGUUGUGUUGCAUCGUGCACAAAUUUGUGGGCCCUUAUUAUGGAUGCAGGAACUGGUUUCACAUCCCAGGUCUAUGAGUUGUCCCCAUUCUUCCUUCACAAGGAGUGGAUCAUGGAUCAAUGGGAGAAAAACUACUAUAUCACCUCUCUUGCUGGUGCCAACAAUGGAAGUUCUCUUGUGGUGAUGUCAAAAGGCACCCAAUACACUCAGCAGUCUUACAAAGUAAGCGAGUCUUUCCCCUUCAAAUGGAUAAACAAGAAGUGGAAAGAAGGAUUUCAUGUCACGUCGAUGGCAACAGCUGGGACACGAUGGGGCAUCGUCAUGUCACGCAAUGCUGGUUUUAGUGAUCAGGUUGUCGAAUUAGACUUCCUGUAUCCAAGUGAGGGCAUUCACAGGCGUUGGGACGGCGGAUAUCGCAUUACUUCUAUGGCUGCCACCUGGGAUCAGGCUGCCCUUAUUCUCAGUGUGCCCAAGCGGAAGCCUGGUGAUGAGACACAAGAGACCCUUCGGACAUCAUCAUUUCCAAGUGCCCAUGUCAAGGACAAGUGGGCAAAGAAUCUAUAUCUUGCUUCAAUUUGCUACGGACGCACUGUAUCAUGAUAUUUAUUUCAGCUAAAAUAUACCUCCUAAGUUUCCGAGAGCAGCGGCUUCUCCUGCUAUUUAGGUGAUCUUACAUUAGCAUGUACAUCAAUGAUGUCUGGAUCAGAUCCGCCUGGUGCUGGCUGAUUCACUAUAUUUGUUUUCCUUGUUUGUAAAUCUAUUUGCAUGGCCUCACAUUCUGUGUGCA